AUGCGACCACGGCCAACCCUCAUGCUUGCGGUGUUCGCGGCGGAAAAUCGACUGCGUGUAUCCAAGUCCGCCGUCCGCCAGAUUGAAGUCAUCGGCAGCACACCAUACUCCGCAGAGCUUUGGAUCACCUCUGCCGGAAAGCGACCCGACUCCCGCCGCUGCGACCCCUACCUUCUUCCGCUGGAUCUAGAGGACUUGGAAGAUGUCAACUUCGAUGUUGGGUUCGAGGAUUUGAUCAAUACCGACGCUCUCUUGGAUGGAGCAUUAUCCCUGCCGGUGGCACUUACACCCAAGCCCGACCAGAUGUUGGUGCCCUCUCGCCACCAUCCGCAAACCUCUCUGGAGGAGAUGAUAGCAAGCAGAAUCCAGUAUGCUCUCGACGUCAUCAAGAAAGUGCCUUCAUCUAUGGUGUCUGAAAACCAGACCCCAUGGUCACAUCCCUACUUGUACAGAGCUUACAUGCCCAGGGAGAUGCAAGAUGCACAAGCGUGCUGUGCUUUAUAUGCUGCGAAGAACCAAUACAACGCCGCCAUGAUCCUGCGUACUAUUCAAGCCAGGGCACAUGAGGUCCUCGCCGCUCCGCCGCCCAAAGGCAGGCUUGAAGCCCUCGCGCGCCUGCAUGCUAUACUCCUUUACCAAAUCAUCCGCAUCUUCGAUGGCGACAUUCCCAUGCGGGCUUCAGCCCAACAAAGCCUCACGGCCCUCGAGCCCGCGAUGCUCGCUCUGCUGCCUUUCGUCAAAUGGGAGUCAUCUCAACCAACGACAGGUCCAGCAGAGGACCAGUCAUUCUGCCCCACCAAGGAGUUCUGGCAAGAAUGGAUCUGGCAAGAGUCAGCUCGUCGCACCAUCUUCUUCACGUGCUUCUUUCUCAUCACGCACCAGAUGCUGAUAGGACGAGAGCCGCCCAAUGGGUGUUCGGACAGGUAUAUCUUCUGCCAGUCAUGGACCAUGUCAGCUCACCUCUGGGGCGCCCCGAAUGUUGUCGACUUUGCCAUUGCUUGGAGAGAGAAGAAGCACUUUGUGAUUAAUCAACAGUCCUUCAAUGAGGCGUUGAGGGAUGCUUCCGCGGAUGAUGUUGACUUGUUUGGCAGGAUGCUGAUGGUAGGAGCUCUCGGCAUAGAUGAUACGAGGCUGUGGUUCUAUAAUCGAGGCGGCACAAUGUGA